ACAUCUUUCUCCUCCCCAGACUCUCUCAAGUCAAGUCUUCUCUAGAGAGACCAAUCUCUCCUCCCCAGAAGCUCUCAAGUCAUGUCUUCUCUAAAGAGAAUUCUAAUGAAUACUUUGAGGUCAAAUAUGCUACAAUGUUUCAGGGAACGGAAAAAAACCAUAGCCCAAACAGAGGAGAGUUUCUACUUGGAAAACGGGGGGCUGAUGUUGGAGCAGCUUAUCACUUAUUUUGAUGGCAAAUACAAUUCCUUUCGGAUAUUUUCCAAACAAGAGCUCGAAAAGGCAACAAAUGACUACCAUGUGGAUGGAAUACUAUAUAAGAGUUUCCACUAUAUAGUAUACAGAGGAACCCAUGAUGGUCGUGAAAUAUCUGUCAAGAAGUUUAUGUCAAGCUCGUUUCAGACGUACAAAACAUGGUGCAUAAAUGAGGUAGCAGUUGUGUCCCAGAUGAACAACCACAACAACGUUGUUAAGUUCUUUGGUUGCUGCUUAGAGACUGAAAUCCCAACAUUGGUGUAUGAAUUUGCAGAAAAUAGAAAUCUCUCUGAUCAUAUCUUUGAUGAUCAUCGAUUGCUAUCAUGGGAGAGCAGGCUUAGAAUAGUGACCGAAGUGGCACAUGCAGUUGCAUAUGUUCACAUGGGAAGACCCAAGACUAUUGUCCAUCGGGAUAUAGAAUCAAGAAAUAUUUUCUUGGAUCAUAACUAUGUUGCCAAAAUUUCUGAGUUUGGUUUCUCAUUGCCAAUUCCCUUGGACAAAAAAUAUGUAGAUGCCGAAGUUGUGGGCGCUGUUGGGUUCAUUUCUCCAGAAUCACACUAUACUGGCCGAUAUACAGAGAAGAGUGAUGUUUAUAGCUUUGGAGCUGUCUUGUUUGAGGUUUUAACAGGAAAGAGAGCAUGGAACAUAUUGCAUAAUGAGUUUGAAGUUCCUGAAGAAAAUUGCAGAGGAGAAAGUUCAAUUGUAGGGGUCCAGAGUUGCAGUUGGGAUGAGAUUGAAAGCAAUAUUAAAUCCUACUUUAAGGCUAAUCUGUUGGAUGGAGGAAACAGGAAGCAACAAAUUGAAUGUGCAGAGCUUGCACAAAGAUGUCUCAAAAUGAAUUCUGAUGAGAGGCCUACCAUGAAGGAAGUUACACAAUCUCUUAGAGAGAUCAAAAGGCUCCUGUCUCAUUAAUAAAUAUCAUCAUUUAAUAUAAUCUAGUUGUAAGGAUAAUAUCCAUGACUCUCUGCUUUGAAUAGUUAUAUUUGCACCAAAUGUAACAUGUGGAUCUGUUUAAUUUGCGAAGGAUUUUUUUCUUUUUUC